UGAUGUUUCCUUGAAAAUUGAGAAUAUAACAAACUCAGAAAAAGACUUGUAAUAUAAGCAUUAUUCAUGAAAAUUACUGCAGUUAGAGAUAGGGUAAGUGGGUGAACCAACUGCUUUACAAAGUUGAACUAAGACUUGCCUCACACAACUUCUCUCCCUAUAAAAGCAUAGCCUCAACUCUCCAAUCUUUCACAAACAAACACUGUCUUGUAUCUACGAAUACUCGACCGCGAGUUUUAAGAAAAGGAAAACAAUGGAGCCCUUCAACAGCAUUGCCAACCCUUUGAGUUCUUUCUUCUUUAUCUGCAUUUUGCUUCUCUUGGCAAAUGCAGCAUCUGGCAAAACUCACCACCAUGAUUUUGUUAUUCAAGCAACACCAGUGAAGAGGCUGUGCAAGACUCACAACACCAUAACGGUGAAUGGACAAUUCCCUGGACCAACAUUAGAAGUAAACAAUGGGGAUACUCUAGUUGUCAAAGUUGUCAAUAGAGCUCGAUACAAUGUCACCAUUCACUGGCAUGGAGUAAGGCAAAUGAGGACAGGAUGGGCAGAUGGACCAGAAUUUAUCACUCAGUGCCCAAUUAGACCAGGAAAGAGUUACACCUACCGGUUUACCAUUCAAGGACAGGAAGGGACUCUUUGGUGGCACGCUCAUAGCUCGUGGCUCAGGGCCACUGUUUAUGGAGCUCUAAUUAUCCACCCCAAAGACGGAGGCUCAUAUCCAUUUGCUAAGCCCAAAAGAGAAACACCAAUUCUGCUAGGUGAGUGGUGGGAUGCAAAUCCUAUUGACGUUAUAAGACAAGCGACAAGAACAGGAGCAGCUCCUAAUGUAUCAGAUGCAUACACCAUUAAUGGUCAACCAGGUGACCUCUACAAGUGUUCCAGUCAAGAUACUACCAUAGUCCAUGUGGACUCAGGCGAAACCAACCUCCUCCGAGUUAUCAACGCUGCACUCAACCAACAACUUUUCUUUUCCGUGGCCAACCACAAACUUACUGUUGUUGGGGCAGAUGCCUCUUAUGUUAAAUCCUUCACAACAUCAGUGCUUAUGCUCGGACCAGGCCAGACAACUGAUGUGCUGAUCAAAGCUGAUCAGCAACCAGCCAAAUACUACAUGGCAGCACGUGCCUAUGCUAGCGCUCAAGGCGCGCCCUUUGAUAAUACCACAACCACUGCCAUCCUUGAGUACAAGACAGCUUCUUGUUCUUCCAAUUGUGCCAAGACCAAUGCAGUUUUCCCAUCUUUACCGGCAUAUAACGACACAGUCACUGCAACGGCCUUCACAACCAAAUUCAGAAGCCCAAGAAAGGUCGAGGUGCCUAAGGAAAUUGAUGAAAAUCUAUUCUUCACAGUCGGGCUAGGACUCGAUAACUGCCCAAGAGGUGCAAGCUCGAGUAAUUGUCAAGGUCCAAAUGGAACUCGAUUCACUGCCAGUAUGAACAAUGUUUCUUUUGUGCUACCAUCCAACUUUUCCCUGCUGCAAGCGCAUCACCAAGGCAUACCUGGUGUCUUCUCAACUGAUUUCCCAGCAAAACCACCUGUAAAAUUUGAUUACACGGGUAAUGUAAGCCGAUCACUCUGGCAACCUAUUCGAGGAACAAAGCUGUACAAGCUGAAAUAUGGCGCAAGAGUGCAGGUUGUGUUACAGGGGACAAGCAUCUUUACAGCUGAGAACCACCCAAUUCAUCUGCAUGGAUAUGAUUUUUACAUAAUUGCAGAGGGUUUCGGUAACUUUAAUCCAAAGAGAGAUGCAACUAAAUUCAACAUAGUUGAUCCACCUCUCAGAAAUACGGCCAGUGUACCCGUUAAUGGAUGGGCAGUUAUCAGAUUUGUCGCUGACAAUCCAGGAGUGUGGCUAAUGCAUUGUCACUUGGAUGUUCACAUCGGCUGGGGUUUGGCGAUGGCGUUCCUUGUGGAAAACGGAAUUAGUGAAGUGGAAUCAUUGGAGGCUCCUCCAGUAGAUCUUCCUGUCUGUUGACGACUGCAACAAGACCAACAUAAUACAAAAUUCAGAGCCCUAAGAAAUCACUUUAAUUGUUCCCCGCAUUUGGGGCUACUUCUUUUAUUGCUCUACUGCAUUUGUCCCCCUUUUCCUAGAAUUUCUUUGUUGCUCAUUUUGAUAGAUAACAAGGUCAACAUGGUGCCAAAAGCUGCAACUAAUUUCACCAUCUAUCUUAGAAUUAGACCAGCAUAUUCACAGAUUAGAUUAAAGCAGUUGUAUUGUUUUGAGUGCAAUUAAUAGAGAAGAAUUAUUUGAGUUUUGAACAAAAGUUUGAAUUGAAUCUCAAACAGGUAUAAAGUGCAAGGUAAGACAAGAAAGGUAAUCAUCACUCAUCAGUAGUAAAAAUUGCUCCUUUGCGUAAAUCGGACAAAAGACAGAUCCUUUGAGAAAUUAAAGAUAUAAGUACAUGUUUUGGAUCAUACCAGGCAGUAGCAUUAAACAAACAAAGAAAUUUGCGGUCAAUUAUAUUUCUACCUUUAAAUAUUGCACUUUCUUAACUUCACCUACAACUUUUUUCCAACAUAAAUUAAAAAUUGUCCAAACGGCAUUCUCUGGGCAAAAACUAGUUUGACCAUUAGCUUUUGUAAUACUAGUCAAAUAUUGAAAAACUUAUUUUUAAAAGUAUCUCAAGUGAAAAAAUUGUUCACUAACUGAUCUUUAAUAUUUUUUUCAAGUAAAAAUCAUAUUAAGUUGUAGAGCUUUUUUUCAACUUCAACUUCAGAUGCUCUUAAGUCUUAAGCUUCAACCAAAUAUUGUCCAAAUCCCUCUAAGACAUAAAUCUUAUUUGAGUAUGUGAAGUUCGAGUAAACAUUAAAAUGUUAUUAUAGAAGUUUUUUUUACUUGCAAGUUUUUACCUUGAAGGGGAGCUUUGCCGUAACUGGUAAAGUUGUUGUCAUGUGACCAGGAGGUCAUGGGUUAAAGCCGUGCAAACAGCCUCUUGCAAAAAUGCAGGUAAGGCUGAGUACAAUAAACCCUUGUGGUCCGGCCCUUACCCUUUAAGGUUUUACGUAUAACUUUUUCCGGGAGAAGUUCAUAUCAAAUUACAGAUUGAACUUCCGAAAAACUUUUUCUCUUAACCUUCAGCUUCAAAUGCUUUUCUUCAUUUUCAGGGUCGGCUCAAUGAUAUUUGUGGCCUAAAGCCAAACUUCAAUGAGGGGCCCUAAAUUUUUGUUGUAGAAGAAAACUCAUAAUUUUAUUUGAAAUUUAUUUUUCUAGCUUUUUGAGACGCGAAAUUAUUAAUAAUUUGUUUAUAAUCGAUUAAGCAUGUCGAUUAAAGUAUCAUCUUCUACGUGUAUUAUUUCCCUUAAAACUUUUAAUUCAGUAAAUAAGUCUAAACCAUCAAUAUCACAGAGACUAUUAUGUUUCAAAGAGCACUCAAGGUUAAGACAAUUUUUCUUUAAGUUCUCAUCAUCUAGAGAUCUCAAUUUUUGCCACUAAAUAGGAAACAAAAAAUAUUUUCAUAAGCUUGAAAUUGCUCAAAUCUAAUUUGAAGUGGAAAAAUAGUUUGGUCUACUAUGUAUAAGAAGUAAUCAAUUCUAAAAGAUUCUUCAAGAGACCCAGAUUCAUAUUUUCUAGUUGACAAAUUUAUCAAGUGCUCCUUUUUGGAAUUGUAUUAGAGUUUCAAUCCUUCUUCUUUUUUGACGUUUUAAACACUCAGAUUCAUAUUUUAUAGUUGACGUAUUAAAACAAAACUUUAAUAAAUAACUAAAAAGACAAUCUAUACUUACAAUUUACAAAGAAAAUAUAUUAAAAAUUUUUAAAAAUAGAUGCAAAUAAUAAAAUGUAGAACAAUCAAACCUGAUUCAACAAAUAGAUAACUUAAUAAGCUUUUGCUACUUCAAAAUUCUUGAUAUAACGUCAAUAUACUUGACCUUGAGUCUUGAGAACAAAUAAAAAGAUGGUACUUGUGUAGUGUUUCUGCUCUAUUAGUGAUAAAUGAGAUUGAAAUGCAGAGAAACCAAAUGAAUAGUAGUAGAGAGAAGAAGUUAAAAAGAGAUAAAAAAAAAUGUGGGCCCAUUUAUAAUAAUAAUAAUACUGCAUUAUGACACAAGAUAGUGAAAUUGCCAUGCCUGCAUGGAUGUCAAAAUUAUUCCAUUGCCAAACGGCCCCUUUCUUGAAAAUUUCAGCUUUUUAUCUUUUUAAAUAUUUAAUAUUGUUAAAAAAAUUGAUAAAUAUAUUAAUGGUUAAGAAAUUUUGGGACCCCUCAAACAAGGGGCCCUAAGCACUAGUUUACCUGCUUGACCCUUAAGCCGCCCUGUUCAUUUUAUAACUCUAAUAUUGUCCAAAACCCCUACGGGAAAUUAGAAGUCAGCUAAUAAAAAGGUCGAGGAGUAUUAUUUAGGAGGAAAAACUUUGAAAAUAUUAGAUGGAAACUUCACAAUGGUUUGAAGUACAAUGUCUUUCUCAAUAUAUAUGUAUUGAUUCAGUACUCAAAUGAAGAAAACAAGGAAUCAACAGAGGCGGACUCAGGAUUUGAAGAUGACGGGGGCACUAUUCGUGGAGAACUUUACCAAUAGUUGUUGGGUCCCGCCGGAUGCCGACAAACUUUCGGUAAUAAAUGACAUAUAUAAGUGAGUUAGGAGGUAAAGUUGGGUAUGUAGUUUGGGAAAAGGGAAGAGAGAAGUGAUUUAGAGCUUUUAAGGCUGGGGUUUAAUCAAAACAAAAAACAUUUGAAAAAAUAAUUAAAAAAAAAAGAGGCUUGGUGGUGGGGGGGGUGGGGUGAAUCCAAAGCUAAAAAGGCAAGAUAUAAACAAAUAAAAAGUCUAGGCUACAGUUAAUAUUUAAGUUGAAAAGGAAAAUUAUUUGAGGAAGGUGAGGGAGUCCAGAUUCAAAACUAGGACAUCCCGCACGGAAGCAAAGGUAAGUAGCACUUUUGACCAAUGCCCCCAAUAUGCUUUUGUGCUUUAGGGUGCCUAAUUAAAUAUAAAGUCAUUUCUCAAGGUAUAUAUACAUAUAAUACAUAUAUAUACAGAAUUCUUUCCAAUGUUUACGGGGUCCAGUGACCCCUCUACCAUAUAUGUAGGUCCGCCUCUGGAAAUUAACUUAACACUCUGUUUGGAUCAUUGUUCCCCGUUGUUUUAUAAUGUAUUGUAUUGUAUUGUAUCAUGUUGUACCGUAUCGUUUUAUAAAUAUAAUAUUUAGAUAGAUUGUAUUGUUUGUUAUUGUUAAAUAAUAUUUGACUGUUUGAUUUGACUGUACUGUAACUGAUAAGUUGACCAAAAUACCCUCAAUUGUUUAAAUAUUAAAUUUAUCAAAAAAUAUGCAUAAAAAUAAUUUUAAAAAAUAAAACAAAAGAAGGCAAAAUACCUUAAGAAAGCAGAACAUAGGAGCGAGACAGAAGAAAACAAAACAAAGGAGCACAACUA